AUGCGCGAAUCUGCCUUGCGCACCACCCAUCCGACAGUGCUGACCGGGCACAGUGUCCGAGCCGAGCGUGAUGCGCCGGGCGCGCUGGGGGAUACGGAGAAGUCGUCCAGUAUAGCGGGCACCCACCAUCGUGCUCCAUUUGCAGUUCCAUGGAACACGUGUGGUGCAGCUGCCCGAGAAAUAAAAGAGUGGCUCAGCUGCCACGCAAAAACGCGGACAACGCGACUGAUCAGGCGACAAGUUAGGCGGGAAUUCUGGCGGGCUGGAGCCCGCGCGCCAACGACGAGCCUGCCGAAGAGGAAGCCAGCCGAGGCUGCCCAGCCGCCAGCUGUGCCCGUCAUUCACAGCAGCCAGCCGAGGCCGCCCAGCCACCAGCUGUGCCCGUCAUUUACAGCAGCCAGCCGAGGCCGCCCAGCCGCCAGCUGUGCCCGUCAUUUACAGCAGCCAGCCGAGGCCGCCCGGCCGCCAGCUGUGCCCGUCAUUCACAGCAGCCAGCCGAGGCCGCCCAGCCGCCAGCUGUGCCCGUCAUUUACAGCAGCCAGCCGAGGCCGCCCGGCCACCAGCUGUGCCCGUCAUUCACAGCAGCCAGCCAAGGACGCCCAGCCGCCAGCUGAGGCCGCCCAGCCGCCAGCUGUGCCCGUCAUUCACAGCAGCCAGCCAAGGCCGCCCAGCCCUCAGCUGUGCCCGUCAUUCACAGCAGCCAGCCGAGGCCGCCCACAGCCAGCCGAGGCCGCCCAGCCGCCAACUGUGCCCGUCAUUCACAGCAGCCAGCCGAGGCAACCCAGCCGCCAGCUGAGGCCGCCCAGCCGCCAGCUGUGCCCGUCAUUCACAGCAGCCAGCCGAGGCCGCCCAGCCGCCAGCUGUGCCCAUCAUUCACAGCAGCCAGCCGAGGCCACCCAGUCGCCAGCUGAGGCCGCCCAGCCGCCAGCUGUGCCCGUCAUUCACAGCAGCCAGCCGAGGCCGCCCAGCCGCCAGCUGUGCCCGUCAUUCACAGCAGCCAGCCAAGGACGCCCACAGCCAGCCGAGGCCGCCCAGCCGCCAGCUGUGCCCGUCAUUCACAGCAGCCAGCCGAGGCCACCCAGCCGCCAGCUGAGGCCGCCCAGCCGCCAGCUGUGCCCGUCAUUCACAGCAGCCAGCCGAGGCCGCCCAGCCGCCAGCUGUGCCCGUCAUUCACAGCAGCCAGCCGAGGCUGCCAGCCGCCAGCUGUGCCCGUCAUUCACAGCAGCCAGCCGAGGCCGCCCAGCCGCCAGCUGUGCCCGUCAUUUACAGCAGCCAACCGAGGCCGCCCAGCCGCCAGCUGUGCCCGUCAUUUACAGCAGCCAGCCGAGGCUGCCCGGCCGCCAGCUGUGCCCGUCAUUCACAGCAGCCAGCCGAGGCCGCCCAGCCGCCAGCUGUGCCCGUCAUUUACAGCAGCCAGCCGAGGCCGCCCGGCCGCCAGCUAUGCCCGUCAUUCACAGCAGCCAGCCGAGGCCGCCCAGCCGCCAGCUGAGGCUGCCCAGCCGCCAGCUGUGCCCGUCAUUCACAGCAGCCAGCCGAGGCCGCCCAGCCGCCAGCUGUGCCCGUCAUUCACAGCAGCCAGCCGAGGCCACCCAGCCGCCAGCUGAGGCCGCCCAGCCGCCAGCUGUGCCCGUCAUUCACAGCAGCCAGCCGAGGCCGCCCAGCCGCCAGCUGUGCCCGUCAUUCACAGCAGCCAGCCGAGGCUGCCCAGCCGCCAGCUGUGCCCGUCAUUCACAGCAGCCAGCCGAGGCCGCCCAGCCGCCAGCUGUGCCCGUCAUUCACAGCAGCCAGCCGAGGCCGCCCAGCCGCCAGCUGUGCCCGUCAUUCACAGCAGCCAGCCGAGGCCACCCAGCCCAGCCAGCCGAGGCCGCCCAGCCGCCAGCUGUGCCCGUCAUUCACAGCAGCCCGCCGAGGCCGCCCGGCCGCCAGCUGUGCCCGUCAUUCACAGCAGCCAGCCGAGGCCGCACAGCCGCCAGCUGUGCCCGUCAUUUACAGCAGCCAGCCGAGGCCGCCCGGCCGCCAGCUGUGCCCGUCAUUCACAGCAGCCAGCCAAGGACGCCCAGCCGCCAGCUGAGGCCACCCAGCCGCCAGCUGUGCCCGUCAUUCACAGCAGCCAGCCGAGGCCGCCCAGCCGCCAGCUGUGCCUGUCAUUCACAGCAGCCAGCCGAGGCCGCCCAGCCGCCAGCUGAGGCUGCCCAGCCGCCAGCUGUGCCCGUCAUUCACAGCAGCCAGCCGAGGCCGCCCAGCCGCCAGCUGUGCCCGUCAUUCACAGCAGCCAGCCGAGGCCACCCAGCCCAGCCAGCCGAGGCCGCCCAGCCGCCAGCUGUGCCCGUCAUUCACAGCAGCCAGCCGAGGCCGCCCAGCCGCCAGCUGUGCCCGUCAUUCACAGCAGCCAGCCGAGGCCGCCCAGCCGCCAGCUGUGCCCGUCAUUCACAGCAGCCAGCCGAGGCCGCCCAGCCGCCAGCUGUGCCCGUCAUUCACAGCAGCCAGCCGAGGCCACCCAGCCGCCAGCUGAGGCCGCCCAGCCGCCAGCUGUGCUCGUCAUUCACAGCAGCCAGCCGAGGCCGCCCAGCCGCCAGCUGUGCCCGUCUUUCACAGCAGCCAGCUGAGGCCACGCAGCCGCCAGCUGAGGCCGCCCAGCUGCCAGCUGUGCCCGUCAUUCACAGCAGCCAGCCGAGGCCGCCCAGCCGCCAGCUGUGCCCGUCAUUCACAGCAGCCAGCCGAGGCCGCCCAGCCGCCAGCUGUGCCCGUCAUUCACAGCAGCCAGCCGAGGCCGCCCAGCCGCCAGCUGUGCCCGUCAUUCACAGCAGCCAGCCGAGGCCGCCCAGCCGCCAGCUGUGCCCGUCAUUCACAGCAGCUAGCCGAGGCCGCCCAGCCGCCAGCUGUGCCCGUCAUUCACAGCAGCCAGCCGAGGCCGCCCAGCCGCCAGCUGUGCCCGUCAUUCACAGCAGCCAGCCGAGGCCGCACAGCCGCCAGCUGUGCCCGUCAUUCACAGCUGCCAGCCAAGGCCGCCCAGCCGCCAGCUGUGCCCGUCAUUUACAGCAGCCAGCUGAGGCCGCCCAGCCGCCAGCUGUGCCCGUCAUUCACAGCAGCCAGCCGAGGCCGCCCAGCCGCCAGCUGUGCCCGUCAUUCACAGCAGCAAGCCGAGGCUGCCCAGCCGCCAGCUGUGCCCGUCAUUUACAGCAGCAAGCCGAGGCCGCCCAGCCGCCAGCUGUGCCCGUCAUUUACAGCAGCCAGCCGAGGCCGCCCAGCCGCCAGCUGUGCCCGUCAUUCACAGCAGCCAGCCGAGGCCACCCAGCCGCCAGCUGUGCCCGUCAUUCUCAGCAGCCAGCCGAGGCCACCCAGCCGCCAGCUGAGGCCGCCCAGCCGCCAGCUGUGCCCGUCAUUCACAGCAGCCAGCCGAGGCCGCCAAGCCGCCAGCAGCCAGCCGAGGCCGCCCAGCCGCCAGCUGUGCCCGUCAUUCACAGCAGCCAGCCGAGGCCGCCCAGCCGCCAGCUGAGGCUGCCCAGCCGCCAGCUGUGCCCGUCAUUCACAGCAGCCAGCCGAGGCCGCCCAGCCGCCAGCUGUGCCCGUCAUUCACAGCAGCCAGCCGAGGCCACCCAGCCGCCAGCUGAGGCCGCCCAGCCGCCAGCUGUGCCCGUCAUUCACAGCAGCCAGCCGAGGCCGCCCAGCCGCCAGCUGAGGCUGCCCAGCCGCCAGCUGUGCGCGUCAUUCACAGCAGCCAGCCGUGGCCGCCCAGCCGCCAGCUUUGCCCGUCAUUCACAGCAGCCAGCCGAGGCCGCCCAGCCGCCAGCUCAGCCAGCCGAGGCCGCCCAGCCGCCAGCUGUGCCCGUCAUUCACAGCAGCCAGCCGAGGCCGCCCAGCCGCCAGCUGUGCCGUCAUUCACAGCAGCCAGCCGAGGCCGCCCAGCCGCCAGCUGUGCCAGUCAUUCACAGCAGCCAGCCGAAGCCACCCAGCCGCCAGCUGAGGCCGCCCAGCCGCCAGCUGUGCCCGUCAUUCACAGCAGCCAGCCGAGGCCACCCAGCCGCCAGCUGUGCCCGUCAUUCACAGCAGCCAGCCGAGGCCACCCAGCCGCCAGCUGAGGCCGCCCAGCCGCCAGCUGUACCCGUCAUUCACAGCAGCCAGCCGAGGCCGCCCAGCCGCCAGCUGUGCCCGUCAUUCACAGCAGCCAGCCGAGGCUGCCAGCCGCCAGCUGUGCCCGUCAUUCACAGCAGCCAGCCGAGGCCGCCCAGCCGCCUGCUGUGCCCGUCAUUUACAGCAGCCAGCCGAGGCUGCCCGGCCGCCAGCUGUGCCCGUCAUUUACAGCAGCCAGCCGAGGCUGCCCGGCCGCCAGCUGUGCCCGUCAUUCACAGCAGCCAGCCGAGGCUGCCCAGCCGCCAACUGUGCCCGUCAUUUACAGCAGCCAGCCGAGGCCGCCCGGCCGCCAGCUGUGCCCGUCAUUCACAGCAGCCAGCCGAGGCCGCCCAGCCGCCAGCUGAGGCUGCCAAGCCGCCAGCUGUGCCCGUCAUUCACAGCAGCCAGCCGAGGCCGCCCAGCCGCCAGCUGUGCCCGUCAUUCACAGCAGCCAGCCGAGGCCACCCAGCCCAGCCAGCCGAGGCCGCCCAGCCGCCAGCUGUGCCCGUCAUUCACAGCAGCCAGCCGAGGCUGCCCAGCCGCCAGCUGUGCCCGUCAUUCACAGCAGCCAGCCGAGGCCGCCCAGCCGCCAGCUGUGCCCGUCAUUCACAGCAGCCAGCCGAGGCCGCCCAGCCGCCAGCUGUGCCCGUCAUUCACAGCAGCCAGCCGAGGCCACCCAGCCGCCAGCUGAGGCCGCCCAGCCGCCAGCUGUGCCCGUCAUUCACAGCAGCCAGCCGAGGCCACCCAGCCGCCAGCUGUGCCCGUCAUUCACAGCAGCCAGCCGAGGCCACCCAGCCGCCAGCUGAGGCCGCCCAGCCGCCAGCUGUGCCCGUCAUUCACAGCAGCCAGCCGAGGCCGCCCAGCCGCCAGCUGUGCCCGUCAUUCACAGCAGCCAGCCGAGGCUGCCCAGCCGCCAGCUGUGCCCGUAAUUCACAGCAGCCAGCCAAGGCCGCCCAGCCGCCAGCUGUGCCCGUCAUUUACAGCAGCGAGCCGAGGCCGCCCAGCCACCAGCUGUGCCCGUCAUUUACAGCAGCCCGCCGAGGCCGCCCGGCCGCCAGCUGUGCCCGUCAUUCACAGCAGCCAGCCGAGGCCGCCCAGCCGCCAGCUGUGCCCGUCAUUUACAGCAGCCAGCCGAGGCCGCCCGGCCGCCAGCUGUGCCCGUCAUUCACAGCAGCCAGCGAAGGACGCCCAGCCCAGCCAGCCGAGGCCGCCCAGCCGCCAGCUGUGCCCGUCAUUCACAGCAGCCAGCCGAGGCCACCCAGCCGCCAGCUGAGGCCACCCAGCCGCCAGCUGUGCCCGUCAUUCACAGCAGCCAGCCGAGGCCGCCCAGCCGACAGCUGUGCCCGUCAUUCACAGCAGCCAGCCGAGGCCACCCAUCCGCCAGCUGAGGCCGCCCAGCCGCCAGCUGUGCCCGUCAUUCACAGCAGCCAGCCGAGGCCGCCCAGCCGCCAGCUGUGCCCGUCAUUCACAGCAGCCAGCCGAGGCUGCCCAGCCGCCAGCUGUGCCCGUCAUUCACAGCAGCCAGCCGAGGCCGCCCAGCCGCCAGCUGUGCCCGUCAUUCACAGCAGCCAGCCGAGGCCACCCAGCCGCCAGCUGAGGCCGCCCAGCCGCCAGCUGUGCUCGUCAUUCACAGCAGGCAGCCGAGGCCGCCCAGCCGCCAGCUGUGCCCGUCAUUCACAGCAGCCAGCCGAGGCCACCCAGCCGCCAGCUGAGGCCGCCCAGCCGCCAGCUGUGCCCGUCAUUCACAGCAGCCAGCCGAGGCCGCCCAGCCGCCAGCUGUGCCCGUCAUUCACAGCAGCCAGCCGAGGCUGCCCAGCCGCCAGCUGUGCCCGUAAUUCACAGCAGCCAGCCAAGGCCGCCCAGCCGCCAGCUGUGCCCGUCAUUUACAGCAGCCAGCCGAGGCCGCCCAGCCACCAGCUGUGCCCGUCAUUUACAGCAGCCCGCCGAGGCCGCCCGGCCGCCAGCUGUGCCCGUCAUUCACAGCAGCCAGCCGAGGCCGCCCAGCCGCCAGCUGUGCCCGUCAUUUACAGCAGCCAGCCGAGGCCGCCCGGCCGCCAGCUGUCUGCCAGCCAAGGCCGCCCAGCCGCCAGCUGUGCCCGUCAUUUACAGCAGCCAGCUGAGGCCGCCCAGCCGCCAGCUGUGCCCGUCAUUCACAGCAGCCAGCCGAGGCCGCCCAGCCGCCAGCUGUGCCCGUCAUUCACAGCAGCCAGCCGAGGCUGCCCAGCCGCCAGCUGUGCCCGUCAUUUACAGCAGCAAGCCGAGGCUGCCCAGCCGCCAGCUGUGCCCGUCAUUUACAGCAGCCAGCUGAGGCCGCCCAGCCGCCAGCUGUGCCCGUCAUUCACAGCAGCCAGCCGAGGCCACCCAGCCGCCAGCUGUGCCCGUCAUUCUCAGCAGCCAGCCGAGGCCACCCAGCCGCCAGCUGAGGCCGCCCAGCCGCCAGCUGUGCCCGUCAUUCACAGCAGCCAGCCGAGGCCGCCAAGCCGCCAGCAGCCAGCCGAGGCCGCCCAGCCGCCAGCUGUGCCCGUCAUUCACAGCAGCCAGCCGAGGCUGCCCAGCCGCCAGCUGAGGCUGCCCAGCCGCCAGCUGUGCCCGUCAUUCACAGCAGCCAGCCGAGGCCGCCCAGCCGCCAGCUGUGCCCGUCAUUCACAGCAGCCAGCCGAGGCCACCCAGCCGCCAGCUGAGGCCGCCCAGCCGCCAGCUGUGCCCGUCAUUCACAGCAGCCAGCCGAGGCCGCCCAGCCGCCAGCUGAGGCUGCCCAGCCGCCAGCUGUGCCCGUCAUUCACAGCAGCCAGCCGUGGCCGCCCAGCCGCCAGCUUUGCCCGUCAUUCACAGCAGCCAGCCGAGGCCGCCCAGCCGCCAGCUCAGCCAGCCGAGGCCGCCCAGCCGCCAGCUGUGCCCGUCAUUCACAGCAGCCAGCCGAGGCCGCCCAGCCGCCAGCUGUGCCGUCAUUCACAGCAGCCAGCCGAGGCCGCCCAGCCGCCAGCUGUGCCAGUCAUUCACAGCAGCCAGCCGAAGCCACCCAGCCGCCAGCUGAGGCCGCCCAGCCGCCAGCUGUGCCCGUCAUUCACAGCAGCCAGCCGAGGCCACCCAGCCGCCAGCUGUGCCCGUCAUUCACAGCAGCCAGCCGAGGCCACCCAGCCGCCAGCUGAGGCCGCCCAGCCGCCAGCUGUACCCGUCAUUCACAGCAGCCAGCCGAGGCCGCCCAGCCGCCAGCUGUGCCCGUCAUUCACACCAGCCAGCCGAGGCUGCCAGCCGCCAGCUGUGCCCGUCAUUCACAGCAGCCAGCCGAGGCCGCCCAGCCGCCUGCUGUGCCCGUCAUUUACAGCAGCCAGCCGAGGCUGCCCGGCCGCCAGCUGUGCCCGUCAUUUACAGCAGCCAGCCGAGGCUGCCCGGCCGCCAGCUGUGCCCGUCAUUCACAGCAGCCAGCCGAGGCUGCCCAGCCGCCAACUGUGCCCGUCAUUUACAGCAGCCAGCCGAGGCCGCCCGGCCGCCAGCUGUGCCCGUCAUUCACAGCAGCCAGCCGAGGCCGCCCAGCCGCCAGCUGAGGCUGCCAAGCCGCCAGCUGUGCCCGUCAUUCACAGCAGCCAGCCGAGGCCGCCCAGCCGCCAGCUGUGCCCGUCAUUCACAGCAGCCAGCCGAGGCCACCCAGCCCAGCCAGCCGAGGCCGCCCAGCCGCCAGCUGUGCCCGUCAUUCACAGCAGCCAGCCGAGGCUGCCCAGCCGCCAGCUGUGCCCGUCAUUCACAGCAGCCAGCCGAGGCCGCCCAGCCGCCAGCUGUGCCCGUCAUUCACAGCAGCCAGCCGAGGCCGCCCAGCCGCCAGCUGUGCCCGUCAUUCACAGCAGCCAGCCGAGGCCACCCAGCCGCCAGCUGAGGCCGCCCAGCCGCCAGCUGUGCCCGUCAUUCACAGCAGCCAGCCGAGGCCACCCAGCCGCCAGCUGUGCCCGUCAUUCACAGCAGCCAGCCGAGGCCACCCAGCCGCCAGCUGAGGCCGCCCAGCCGCCAGCUGUGCCCGUCAUUCACAGCAGCCAGCCGAGGCCGCCCAGCCGCCAGCUUUGCCCGUCAUUCACAGCAGCCAGCCGAGGCCGCCCAGCCGCCAGCUGUGCCCGUCAUUCACAGCAGCCAGCCGAGGCUGCCCAGCCGCCAGCUGUGCCCCAGCGAGCCGAGGCCGCCCAGCCACCAGCUGUGCCCGUCAUUUACAGCAGCCAGCUGAGGCCGCCCAGCCGCCAGCUGUGCCCGUCAUUCACAGCUGCCAGCCAAGGCCGCCCAGCCGCCAGCUGUGCCCGUCAUUUACAGCAGCCAGCUGAGGCCGCCCAGCCGCCAGCUGUGCCCGUCAUUCACAGCAGCCAGCCGAGGCCGCCCAGCCGCCAGCUGUGCCCGUCAUUCACAGCAGCAAGCCGAGGCUGCCCAGCCGCCAGCUGUGCCCGUCAUUUACAGCAGCAAGCCGAGGCCGCCCAGCCGCCAGCUGUGCCCGUCAUUUACAGCAGCCAGCCGAGGCCGCCCAGCCGCCAGCUGUGCCCGUCAUUCACAGCAGCCAGCCGAGGCCACCCAGCCGCCAGCUGUGCCCGUCAUUCUCAGCAGCCAGCCGAGGCCACCCAGCCGCCAGCUGAGGCCGCCCAGCCGCCAGCUGUGCCCGUCAUUCACAGCAGCCAGCCGAGGCCGCCAAGCCGCCAGGUGUGCCCGUCAUUCACAGCAGCCAGCCGAGGUAGCCCAGCCGCCAGCUGUGCCCGUCAUUUACAGCAGCCAGCCGAGGCCGCCCAGCCGCCAGCUGUGCCCGUCAUUUACAGCAGCCAGCCGAGGCCGCCCAGCCGCCAGCUGUGCCCGUCAUUCACAGCAGCCAGCCGAGGCCGCCCACAGCCAGCCGAGGCCGCCCAGCCGCCAGCUGUGCCCGUCAUUCACAGCAGCCAGCCGAAGCCACCCAGCCGCCAGCUGAGGCCGCCCAGCCGCCAGCUGUGCCCGUCAUUCACAGCAGCCAGCCGAGGCCACCCAGCCGCCAGCUGUGCCCGUCAUUCACAGCAGCCAGCCGAGGCCACCCAGCCGCCAGCUGAGGCCGCCCAGCCGCCAGCUGUACCCGUCAUUCACAGCAGCCAGCCGAGGCCGCCCAGCCGCCAGCUGUGCCCGUCAUUCACAGCAGCCAGCCGAGGCUGCCAGCCGCCAGCUGUGCCCGUCAUUCACAGCAGCCAGCCGAGGCCGCCCAGCCGCCUGCUGUGCCCGUCAUUUACAGCAGCCAGCCGAGGCUGCCCGGCCGCCAGCUGUGCCCGUCAUUUACAGCAGCCAGCCGAGGCUGCCCGGCCGCCAGCUGUGCCCGUCAUUCACAGCAGCCAGCCGAGGCUGCCCAGCCGCCAACUGUCCCCGUCAUUUACAGCAGCCAGCCGAGGCCGCCCGGCCGCCAGCUGUGCCCGUCAUUCACAGCAGCCAGCCGAGGCCGCCCAGCCGCCAGCUGAGGCUGCCAAGCCGCCAGCUGUGCCCGUCAUUCACAGCAGCCAGCCGAGGCCGCCCAGCCGCCAGCUGUGCCCGUCAUUCACAGCAGCCAGCCGAGGCCACCCAGCCCAGCCAGCCGAGGCCGCCCAGCCGCCAGCUGUGCCCGUCAUUCACAGCAGCCAGCCGAGGCUGCCCAGCCGCCAGCUGUGCCCGUCAUUCACAGCAGCCAGCCGAGGCCGCCCAGCCGCCAGCUGUGCCCGUCAUUCACAGCAGCCAGCCGAGGCCGCCCAGCCGCCAGCUGUGCCCGUCAUUCACAGCAGCCAGCCGAGGCCACCCAGCCGCCAGCUGAGGCCGCCCAGCCGCCAGCUGUGCCCGUCAUUCACAGCAGCCAGCCGAGGCCACCCAGCCGCCAGCUGUGCCCGUCAUUCACAGCAGCCAGCCGAGGCCACCCAGCCGCCAGCUGAGGCCGCCCAGCCGCCAGCUGUGCCCGUCAUUCACAGCAGCCAGCCGAGGCCGCCCAGACGCCAGCUUUGCCCGUCAUUCACAGCAGCCAGCCGAGGCCGCCCAGCCGCCAGCUGUGCCCGUCAUUCACAGCAGCCAGCCGAGGCUGCCCAGCCGCCAGCUGUGCCCCAGCGAGCCGAGGCCGCCCAGCCACCAGCUGUGCCCGUCAUUUACAGCAGCCAGCUGAGGCCGCCCAGCCGCCAGCUGUGCCCGUCAUUCACAGCUGCCAGCCAAGGCCGCCCAGCCGCCAGCUGUGCCCGUCAUUUACAGCAGCCAGCUGAGGCCGCCCAGCCGCCAGCUGUGCCCGUCAUUCACAGCAGCCAGCCGAGGCCGCCCAGCCGCCAGCUGUGCCCGUCAUUCACAGCAGCAAGCCGAGGCUGCCCAGCCGCCAGCUGUGCCCGUCAUUUACAGCAGCAAGCCGAGGCCGCCCAGCCGCCAGCUGUGCCCGUCAUUUACAGCAGCCAGCCGAGGCCGCCCAGCCGCCAGCUGUGCCCGUCAUUCACAGCAGCCAGCCGAGGCCACCCAGCCGCCAGCUGUGCCCGUCAUUCUCAGCAGCCAGCCGAGGCCACCCAGCCGCCAGCUGAGGCCGCCCAGCCGCCAGCUGUGCCCGUCAUUCACAGCAGCCAGCCGAGGCCGCCAAGCCGCCAGCAGCCAGCCGAGGCCGCCCAGCCGCCAGCUGUGCCCGUCAUUCACAGCAGCCAGCCGAGGCCGCCCAGCCGCCAGCUGAGGCUGCCCAGCCGCCAGCUGUGCCCGUCAUUCACAGCAGCCAGCCGACGCCGCCCAGCCGCCAGCUGUGCCCGUCAUUCACAGCAGCCAGCCGAGGCCACCCAGCCGCCAGCUGAGGCCGCCCAGCCGCCAGCUGUGCCCGUCAUUCACAGCAGCCAGCCGAGGCCGCCCAGCCGCCAGCUGAGGCUGCCCAGCCGCCAGCUGUGCCCGUCAUUCACAGCAGCCAGCCGUGGCCGCCCAGCCGCCAGCUUUGCCCGUCAUUCACAGCAGCCAGCCGAGGCCGCCCAGCCGCCAGCUCAGCCAGCCGAGGCCGCCCAGCCGCCAGCUGUGCCCGUCAUUCACAGCAGCCAGCCGAGGCCGCCCAGCCGCCAGCUGUGCCGUCAUUCACAGCAGCCAGCCGAGGCCGCCCAGCCGCCAGCUGUGCCAGUCAUUCACAGCAGCCAGCCGAAGCCACCCAGCCGCCAGCUGAGGCCGCCCAGCCGCCAGCUGUGCCCGUCAUUCACAGCAGCCAGCCGAGGCCACCCAGCCGCCAGCUGUGCCCGUCAUUCACAGCAGCCAGCCGAGGCCAGCCAGCCGCCAGCUGAGGCCGCCCAGCCGCCAGCUGUACCCGUCAUUCACAGCAGCCAGCCGAGGCCGCCCAGCCGCCAGCUGUGCCCGUCAUUCACAGCAGCCAGCCGAGGCUGCCAGCCGCCAGCUGUGCCCGUCAUUCACAGCAGCCAGCCGAGGCCGCCCAGCCGCCUGCUGUGCCCGUCAUUUACAGCAGCCAGCCGAGGCUGCCCGGCCGCCAGCUGUGCCCGUCAUUUACAGCAGCCAGCCGAGGCUGCCCGGCCGCCAGCUGUGCCCGUCAUUCACAGCAGCCAGCCGAGGCUGCCCAGCCGCCAACUGUGCCCGUCAUUUACAGCAGCCAGCCGAGGCCGCCCGGCCGCCAGCUGUGCCCGUCAUUCACAGCAGCCAGCCGAGGCCGCCCAGCCGCCAGCUGAAGCUUCCAAGCCGCCAGCUGUGCCCGUCAUUCACAGCAGCCAGCCGAGGCCGCCCAGCCGCCAGCUGUGCCCGUCAUUCACAGCAGCCAGCCGAGGCCACCCAGCCCAGCCAGCCGAGGCCGCCCAGCCGCCAGCUGUGCCCGUCAUUCACAGCAGCCAGCCGAGGCUGCCCAGCCGCCAGCUGUGCCCGUCAUUCACAGCAGCCAGCCGAGGCCGCCCAGCCGCCAGCUGUGCCCGUCAUUCACAGCAGCCAGCCGAGGCCGCCCAGCCGCCAGCUGUGCCCGUCAUUCACAGCAGCCAGCCGAGGCCACCCAGCCGCCAGCUGAGGCCGCCCAGCCGCCAGCUGUGCCCGUCAUUCACAGCAGCCAGCCGAGGCCACCCAGCCGCCAGCUGUGCCCGUCAUUCACAGCAGCCAGCCGAGGCCACCCAGCCGCCAGCUGAGGCCGCCCAGCCGCCAGCUGUGCCCGUCAUUCACAGCAGCCAGCCGAGGCCGCCCAGCCGCCAGCUUUGCCCGUCAUUCACAGCAGCCAGCCGAGGCCGCCCAGCCGCCAGCUGUGCCCGUCAUUCACAGCAGCCAGCCGAGGCUGCCCAGCCGCCAGCUGUGCCCGUAAUUCACAGCAGCCAGCCAAGGCCGCCCAGCCGCCAGCUGUGCCCGUCAUUUACAGCAGCGAGCCGAGGCCGCCCAGCCACCAGCUGUGCCCGUCAUUUACAGCAGCCCGCCGAGGCCGCCCGGCCGCCAGCUGUGCCCGUCAUUCACAGCAGCCAGCCGAGAUCGCCCAGCCGCCAGCUGUGCCCGUCAUUUACAGCAGCCAGCCGAGGCCGCCCGGCCGCCAGCUGUGCCCGUCAUUCACAGCAGCCAGCGAAGGACGCCCAGCCGCCAGCUGAGGCCACCCAGCCGCCAGCUGUGCCCGUCAUUCACAGCAGCCAGCCGAGGCCGCCCAGCCGCCAGCUGUGCCCGUCAUUCACAGCAGCCAGCCGAGGCCGCCCACAGCCAGCCGAGGCCGCCCAGCCGCCAGCUGUGCCCGUCAUUCACAGCAGCCAGCCGAGGCCACCCAGCCGCCAGCUGAGGCCACCCAGCCGCCAGCUGUGCCCGUCAUUCACAGCAGCCAGCCGAGGCCGCCCAGCCGACAGCUGUGCCCGUCAUUCACAGCAGCCAGCCGAGGCCACCCAUCCGCCAGCUGAGGCCGCCCAGCCGCCAGCUGUGCCCGUCAUUCACAGCAGCCAGCCGAGGCCGCCCAGCCGCCAGCUGUGCCCGUCAUUCACAGCAGCCAGCCGAGGCUGCCCAGCCGCCAGCUGUGCCCGUCAUUCACAGCAGCCAGCCGAGGCCGCCCAGCCGCCAGCUGUGCCCGUCAUUCACAGCAGCCAGCCGAGGCCACCCAGCUGCCAGCUGAGGCCGCCCAGCCGCCAGCUGUGCUCGUCAUUCACAGCAGGCAGCCGAGGCCGCCCAGCCGCCAGCUGUGCCCGUCAUUCACAGCAGCCAGCCGAGGCCACCCAGCCGCCAGCUGAGGCCGCCCAGCCGCCAGCUGUGCCCGUCAUUCACAGCAGCCAGCCGAGGCCGCCCAGCCGCCAGCUGUGCCCGUCAUUCACAGCAGCCAGCCGAGGCUGCCCAGCCGCCAGCUGUGCCCGUAAUUCACAGCAGCCAGCCAAGGCCGCCCAGCCGCUAGCUGUGCCCGUCAUUUACAGCAGCCAGCCGAGGCCGCCCAGCCACCAGCUGUGCCCGUCAUUUACAGCAGCCCGCCGAGGCCGCCCGGCCGCCAGCUGUGCCCGUCAUUCACAGCAGCCAGCCGAGGCCGCCCAGCCGCCAGCUGUGCCCGUCAUUUACAGCAGCCAGCCGAGGCCGCCCGGCCGCCAGCUGUGCCCGUCAUUCACAGCAGCCAGCGAAGGACGCCCAGCCCAGCCAGCCGAGGCCGCCCAGUCGCCAGCUGUGCCCGUCAUUCACAGCAGCCAGCCGAGGCCACCCAGCCGCCAGCUGAGGCCACCCAGCCGCCAGCUGUGCCCAUCAUUCACAGCAGCCAGCCGAGGCCGCCCAGCCGACAGCUGUGCCCGUCAUUCACAGCAGCCAGCCGAGGCCACCCAUCCGCCAGCUGAGGCCGCCCAGCCGCCAGCUGUGCCCGUCAUUCACAGCAGCCAGCCGAGGCCGCCCAGCCGCCAGCUGUGCCCGUCAUUCACAGCAGCCAGCCGAGGCUGCCCAGCCGCCAGCUGUGCCCGUCAUUCACAGCAGCCAGCCGAGGCCGCCCAGCCGCCAGCUGUGCCCGUCAUUCACAGCAGCCAGCCGAGGCCUCCCAGCCGCCAGCUGAGGCCGCCCAGCCGCCAGCUGUGCUCGUCAUUCACAGCAGGCAGCCGAGGCCGCCCAGCCGCCAGCUGUGCCCGUCAUUCACAGCAGCCAGCCGAGGCCACCCAGCCGCCAGCUGAGGCCGCCCAGCUGCCAGCUGUGCCCGUCAUUCACAGCAGCCAGCCGAGGCCGCCCAGCCGCCAGCUGUGCCCGUCAUUCACAGCAGCCAGCCGAGGCCGCCCAGCCGCCAGCUGUGCCCGUCAUUCACAGCAGCCAGCCGAGGCCGCCCAGCCGCCAGCUGUGCCCGUCAUUCACAGCAGCCAGCCGAGGCCGCCCAGCCGCCAGCUGUGCCCGUCAUUCACAGCAGCCAGCCGAGGCCGCCCAGCCGCCAGCUGUGCCCGUCAUUCACAGCAGCCAGCCGAGGCCGCCCAGCCGCCAGCUGUGCCCGUCAUUCACAGCAGCCAGCCGAGGCCGCCCAGCCGCCAGCUGUGCCCGUCAUUCACAGCAGCCAGCCGAGGCCGCCCAGCCGCCAGCUGUGCCCGUCAUUCACAGCAGCCAGCCGAGGCCACCCAGCCGCCAGCUGAGGCUGCCCAGCCGCCAGCUGUGCCCGUCAUUCACAGCAGCCAGCCGAGGCCGCCCAGCCGCCAGCUGUGCCCGUCAUUCACAGCACAGCCAGCCGAGGCCGCCCAGCCGCCAGCUGUGCCCGUCAUUCACAGCAGCCAGCCGAGGCUGCCCAGCCGCCAGCUGUGCCCGUCAUUUACAGCAGCAAGCCGAGGCCGCCCAGCCGCCAGCUGUGCCCGUCAAUUACAGCAGCCAGCCGAGGCCGCCCAGCCGCCAGCUGUGCCCGUCAUUCACAGCAGCCAGCCGAGGCCACCCAGCCGCCAGCUGUGCCCGUCAUUCACAGCAGCCAGCCGAGGCCGCCCAGCCGCCAGCUGUGCCCGUCAUUCACAGCAGCCAGCCGAGGCCGCCCAGCCGCCAGCUGUGCCCGUCAUUCACAGCAGCCAGCCGAGGCCGCCCAGCCGCCAGCUGUGCCCGUCAUUCACAGCAGCCAGCCGAGGCCGCCCAGCCGCCAGCUGUGCCCGUCAUUCACAGCAGCCAGCCGAGGCCGCCCAGCCGCCAGCUGUGCCCGUCAUUCACAGCAGCCAGCCGAGGCCGCCCAGCCGCCAGCUGAGGCUGCCCAGCCGCCAGCUGUGCCCGUCAUUCACAGCAGCCAGCCGAGGCCGCCCAGCCGCCAGCUGUGCCCGUCAUUCACAGCAGCCAGCUGAGGCCGCCCAGCCGCCAGCUGUGCCCGUCAUUCACAGCAGCCAGCCGAGGCCGCCCAGCCGCCAGCUCAGCCAGCCGAGGCCGCCCAGCCGCCAGCUGUGCCCGUCAUUCACAGCAGCCAGCCGAGGCCACCCAGCCGCCAGCUGUGCCCGUCAUUCACAGCAGCCAGCCGAGGCCGCCCAGCCGCCAGCUGUGCCCGUCAUUCACAGCAGCCAGCCGAGGCCGCCCAGCCGCCAGCUGAGGCUGCCCAGCCGCCAGCUGUGCCCGUCAUUCACAGCAGCCAGCCGAGGCCGCCCAGCCGCCAGCUGUGCCCGUCAUUCACAGCAGCCAGCUGAGGCCGCCCAGCCGCCAGCUGUGCCCGUCAUUCACAGCAGCCAGCCGAGGCCGCCCAGAGGCCAGCUGUGCCCGUCAUUCACAGCAGCCAGCCGAGGCCGCCCAGCCGCCAGCUGUGCCCGUCAUUUACAGCAGCCAGCAGAGGCCGCCCAGCCGCCAGCUGUGCACGUCAUUCACAGCAGCCAGCCGAGGCCGCCCAGCCGCCAGCUGUGCCCGUCAUUCACAGCAGCCAGCCGAGGCUGCCCAGCCGCCAGCUGUGCCCGUCAUUUACAGCAGCCAGCCGAGGCCGCCCAGCCGCCAGGAUUGCCCGUCAAUUACAGCAGCCAGCCGAGGCCGCCCAGCCGCCAGCUGUGCCCGUCAUUCACAGCAGCCAGCCGAGGCCACCCAGCCGCCAGCUGUGCCCGUCAUUCUCAGCAGCCAGCCGAGGCCACCCAGCCGCCAGCCGAGGCCGCCCAGCCGCCAGCUGAGGCUGCCCAGCCGCCAGCUGUGCCCGUCAUUCACAGCAGCCAGCCGAGGCCGCCCAGCCGCCAGCUGUGCCCGUCAUUCACAGCAGCCAGCCGAGGCCGCCCAGCCGCCAGCUGUGCCCGUCAUUCACAGCAGCCAGCCGAGGCCGCCCAGCCGCCAGCUGUGCCCGUCAUUCACAGCAGCCAGCCGAGGCCACCCAGCCGCCAGCUGAGGCUGCCCAGCCGCCAGCUGUGCCCGUCAUUCACAGCAGCCAGCCGAGGCCGCCCAGCCGCCAGCUGUGCCCGUCAUUCACAGCAGCCAGCUGAGGCCGCCCAGCCGCCAGCUGUGCCCGUCAUUCACAGCAGCCAGCCGAGGCCGCCCAGCCGCCAGCUGUGCCCGUCAUUCACAGCAGCCAGCCGAGGCUGCCCAGCCGCCAGCUGUGCCCGUCAUUUACAGCAGCAAGCCGAGGCCGCCCAGCCGCCAGCUGUGCCCGUCAAUUACAGCAGCCAGCCGAGGCCGCCCAGCCGCCAGCUGUGCCCGUCAUUCACAGCAGCCAGCCGAGGCCGCCCAGCCGCCAGCUGUGCCCGUCAUUCACAGCAGCCAGCCGAGGCCGCCCAGCCGCCAGCUGUGCCCGUCAUUCACAGCAGCCAGCCGAGGCCGCCCAGCCGCCAGCUGUGCCCGUCAUUCACAGCAGCCAGCCGAGGCCGCCCAGCCGCCAGCUGUGCCCGUCAUUCACAGCAGCCAGCCGAGGCCGCCCAGCCGCCAGCUGUGCCCGUCAUUCACAGCAGCCAGCCGAGGCCGCCCAGCCGCCAGCUGAGGCUGCCCAGCCGCCAGCUGUGCCCGUCAUUCACAGCAGCCAGCCGAGGCCGCCCAGCCGCCAGCUGUGCCCGUCAUUCACAGCAGCCAGCUGAGGCCGCCCAGCCGCCAGCUGUGCCCGUCAUUCACAGCAGCCAGCCGAGGCCGCCCAGCCGCCAGCUGUGCCCGUCAUUCACAGCAGCCAGCCGAGGCUGCCCAGCCGCCAGCUGUGCCCGUCAUUUACAGCAGCAAGCCGAGGCCGCCCAGCCGCCAGCUGUGCCCGUCAAUUACAGCAGCCAGCCGAGGCCGCCCAGCCGCCAGCUGUGCCCGUCAUUCACAGCAGCCAGCCGAGGCCACCCAGCCGCCAGCUGUGCCCGUCAUUCACAGCAGCCAGCCGAGGCCGCCCAGCCGCCAGCUGUGCCCGUCAUUCACAGCAGCCAGCCGAGGCCACCCAGCCGCCAGCUGAGGCCGCCCAGCCGCCAGCUGUGCCCGUCAUUCACAGCAGCCAGCCGAGCAGCCAGCCGAGGCCGCCCAGCCGCCAGCUUUGCCCGUCAUUCACAGCAGCCAGGCGAGGCCGCCCAGCCGCCAGCUGUGCCCGUCAUUCACAGCAGCCAGCUGAGGCCGCCCAGCCGCCAGCUGUGCCCGUCAUUCACAGCAGCCAGCCGAGGCCGCCCAGCCGCCAGCUGUGCCCGUCAUUCACAGCAGCCAGCCGAGGCCACCCAGCCGCCACUUGAGGCCGCCCAGCCGCCAGCUGAGGCCGCCCAGCCGCCAGCUGUGCCCGUCAUUCACAGCAGCGAGCCGAGGCCGCCCAGCCGCCAGCUGUGCCCGUCAUUCACAGCAGCCAGCCGAGGCCACCCAGCCCAGCCAGCCGAGGCCGCCCAGCCGCCAGCUUUGCCCGUCAUUUACAGCAGCCAGCCGAGGCCGCCCAGCCGCCAGCUGAGGCCGCCCAGCCGCCAGCUGUGCCCGUCAUUCACAGCAGCCAGCCGAGGCCGCCCAGCCGCCAGCUGUGCCCAUCAUUCACAGCAGCCAGCCGAGGCCACCCAGCCGCCAGCUGAGGCCGCCCAGCCGCCAGCUGUGCCCGUCAUUCACAGCAGCCAGCCGAGGCCGCCCAGCCGCCAGCUGUGCCCGUCAUUCACAGCAGCCAGCCGAGGCUGCCCAGCCGCCAGCUGUGCCCAUCAUUUACAGCAGCCAGCCGAGGCCGCCCAGCCGUCAGCUGUGCCCGUCAUUUACAGCAGCCAGCCGAGGCUGCCCGGCCGCCAGCUGUGCCCGUCAUUCACAGCAGCCAGCCGAGGCUGCCCAGCCGCCAACUGUGCCCGUCAUUUACAGCAGCCAGCCGAGGCCGCCCGGCCGCCAGCUGUGCCCGUCAUUCACAGCAGCCAGCCGAGGCCGCCCAGCCGCCAGCUGAGGCUGCCAAGCCGCCAGCUGUGCCCGUCAUUCACAGCAGCCAGCCGAGGCCGCCCAGCCGCCAGCUGUGCCCGUCAUUCACAGCAGCCAGCCGAGGCCACCCAGCCGCCAGCUGAGGCCGCCCAGCCGCCAGCUGUGCCCGUCAUUCACAGCAGCCAGCCGAGGCCGCCCAGCCGCCAGCUGUGCCCGUCAUUCACAGCAGCCAGCCGAGGCUGCCCAGCCGCCAGCUGUGCCCGUCAUUCACAGCAGCCAGCCGAGGCCGCCCAGCCGCCAGCUGUGCCCGUCAUUCACAGCAGCCAGCCGAGGCCGCCCAGCCGCCAGCUGUGCCCGUCAUUCACAGCAGCCAGCCGAGGCCACCAGCCAGCCGAGGCCACCCAGCCGCCAGCUGUGCCCGUCAUUCACAGCAGCCAGCCGAGGCCACCCAGCCGCCAGCUGAGGCCGCCCAGCCGCCAGCUGUGCCCGUCAUUCACAGCAGCCAGCCGAGGCCGCCCAGCCGACAGCUGUGCCCGUCAUUCACAGCAGCCAGCCGAGGCUGCCCAGCCGCCAGCUGUGCCCGUAAUUCACAGCAGCCAGCCAAGGCCGCCCAGCCGCCAGCUGUGCCCGUCAUUUACAGCAGCCAGCCGAGGCUGCCCAGCCACCAGCUGUGCCCGUCAUUUACAGCAGCCCGCCGAGGCCGCCCGGCCGCCAGCUGUGCCCGUCAUUCACAGCAGCCAGCCGAGGCCGCCCAGCCGCCAGCUGUGCCCGUCAUUUACAGCAGCCAGCCGAGGCCGCCCGGCCGCCAGCUGUGCCCGUCAUUCACAGCAGCCAGCAAAGGACGCCCAGCCGCCAGCUGAGGCCACCCAGCCGCCAGCUGUGCCCGUCAUUCACAGCAGCCAGCCGAGGCCGCCCAGCCGCCAGCUGUGCCCGUCAUUCACAGCAGCCAGCCGAGGCCGCCCACAGCCAGCCGAGGCCGCCCAGCCGCCAGCUGUGCCCGUCAUUCACAGCAGCCAGCCGAGGCCACCCAGCCGCCAGCUGAGGCCACCCAGCCGCCAGGUGUGCCCGUCAUUCACAGCAGCCAGCCGAGGCCGCCCAGCCGACAGCUGUGCCCGUCAUUCACAGCAGCCAGCCGAGGCCACCCAUCCGCCAGCUGAGGCCGCCCAGCCGCCAGCUGUGCCCGUCAUUCACAGCAGCCAGCCGAGGCCGCCCAGCCGCCAGCUGUGCCCGUCAUUCACAGCAGCCAGCCGAGGCUGCCCAGCCGCCAGCUGUGCCUGUCAUUCACAGCAGCCAGCCGAGGCCGCCCAGCCGCCAGCUGUGCCCGUCAUUCACAGCAGCCAGCCGAGGCCACCCAGCCGCCAGCUGAGGCCGCCCAGCCGCCAGCUGUGCUCGUCAUUCACAGCAGGCAGCCGAGGCCGCCCAGCCGCCAGCUGUGCCCGUCAUUCACAGCAGCCAGCCGAGGCCACCCAGCCGCCAGCUGAGGCCGCCCAGCUGCCAGCUGUGCCCGUCAUUCACAGCAGCCAGCCGAGGCCGCCCAGCCGCCAGCUGUGCCCGUCAUUCACAGCAGCCAGCCGAGGCCGCCCAGCCGCCAGCUGUGCCCGUCAUUCACAGCAGCCAGCCGAGGCCGCCCAGCCGCCAGCUGUGCCCGUCAUUCACAGCAGCCAGCCGAGGCCGCCCAGCCGCCAGCUGUGCCCGUCAUUCACAGCAGCCAGCCGAGGCCGCCCAGCCGCCAGCUGUGCCCGUCAUUCACAGCAGCCAGCCGAGGCCGCCCAGCCGCCAGCUGUGCCCGUCAUUCACAGCAGCCAGCCGAGGCCGCCCAGCCGCCAGCUGUGCCCGUCAUUCACAGCAGCCAGCCGAGGCCGCCCAGCCGCCAGCUGUGCCCGUCAUUCACAGCAGCCAGCCGAGGCCGCCCAGCCGCCAGCUGUGCCCGUCAUUCACAGCAGCCAGCCGAGGCCGCCCAGCCGCCAGCUGAGGCUGCCCAGCCGCCAGCUGUGCCCGUCAUUCACAGCAGCCAGCCGAGGCCGCCCAGCCGCCAGCUGUGCCCGUCAUUCACAGCAGCCAGCUGAGGCCGCCCAGCCGCCAGCUGUGCCCGUCAUUUACAGCAGCCAGCCGAGGCUGCCCAGCCACCAGCUGUGCCCGUCAUUUACAGCAGCCCGCCGAGGCCGCCCGGCCGCCAGCUGUGCCCGUCAUUCACAGCAGCCAGCCGAGGCCGCCCAGCCGCCAGCUGUGCCCGUCAUUUACAGCAGCCAGCCGAGGCCGCCCGGCCGCCAGCUGUGCCCGUCAUUCACAGCAGCCAGCAAAGGACGCCCAGCCCAGCCAGCCGAGGCCGCCCAGCCGCCAGCUGUGCCCGUCAUUCACAGCAGCCAGCCGAGGCCACCCAGCCGCCAGCUGAGGCCACCCAGUCGCCAGCUGUGCCCGUCAUUCACAGCAGCCAGCCGAGGCCGCCCAGCCGACAGCUGUGCCCGUCAUUCACAGCAGCCAGCCGAGGCCACCCAUCCGCCAGCUGAGGCCGCCCAGCCGCCAGCUGUGCCCGUCAUUCACAGCAGCCAGCCGAGGCCGCCCAGCCGCCAGCUGUGCCCGUCAUUCACAGCAGCCAGCCGAGGCUGCCCAGCCGCCAGCUGUGCCCGUCAUUCACAGCAGCCAGCCGAGGCCGCCCAGCCGCCAGCUCAGGCAGCCGAGGCCGCCCAGCCGCCAGCUGUGCCCGUCAUUCACAGCAGCCAGCCGAGGCCACCCAGCCGCCAGCUGAGGCCGCCCAGCUGCCAGCUGUGCCCGUCAUUCACAGCAGCCAGCCGAGGCCGCCCAGCCGCCAGCUGUGCCCGUCAUUCACAGCAGCCAGCCGAGGCCGCCCAGCCGCCAGCUGUGCCCGUCAUUCACAGCAGCCAGCCGAGGCUGCCCAGCCGCCAGCUGUGCCCGUCAUUCACAGCAGCCAGCCGAGGCCGCCCAGCCGCCAGCUGUGCCCGUCAUUCACAGCAGCCAGCCGAGGCCGCCCAGCCGCCAGCUGUGCCCGUCAUUCACAGCAGCCAGCCGAGGCCGCCCAGCCGCCAGCUGUGCCCGUCAUUCACAGCAGCCAGCCGAGGCCGCCCAGCCGCCAGCUGUGCCCGUCAUUCACAGCAGCCAGCCGAGGCCGCCCAGCCGCCAGCUGUGCCCGUCAUUCACAGCAGCCAGCCGAGGCCGCCCAGCCGCCAGCUGAGGCUGCCCAGCCGCCAGCUGUGCCCGUCAUUCACAGCAGCCAGCCGAGGCCGCCCAGCCGCCAGCUGUGCCCGUCAUUCACAGCAGCCAGCUGAGGCCGCCCAGCCGCCAGCUGUGCCCGUCAUUCACAGCAGCCAGCCAAGGCCGCCCAGCCGCCAGCUGUGCCCGUCAUUCACAGCAGCCAGCCGAGGCUGCCCAGCCGCCAGCUGUGCCCGUCAUUUACAGCAGCAAGCCGAGGCCGCCCAGCCGCCAGCUGUGCCCGUCAAUUACAGCAGCCAGCCGAGGCCGCCCAGCCGCCAGCUGUGCCCGUCAUUCACAGCAGCCAGCCGAGGCCACCCAGCCGCCAGCUGUGCCCGUCAUUCACAGCAGCCAGCCGAGGCCGCCCAGCCGCCAGCUGUGCCCGUCAUUCACAGCAGCCAGCCGAGGCCGCCCAGCCGCCAGCUGUGCCCGUCAUUCACAGCAGCCAGCCGAGGCCGCCCAGCCGCCAGCUGUGCCCGUCAUUCACAGCAGCCAGCCGAGGCCGCCCAGCCGCCAGCUGUGCCCGUCAUUCACAGCAGCCAGCCGAGGCCGCCCAGCCGCCAGCUGAGGCUGCCCAGCCGCCAGCUGUGCCCGUCAUUCACAGCAGCCAGCCGAGGCCGCCCAGCCGCCAGCUGUGCCCGUCAUUCACAGCAGCCAGCUGAGGCCGCCCAGCCGCCAGCUGUGCCCGUCAUUCACAGCAGCCAGCCGAGGCCGCCCAGCCGCCAGCUGUGCCCGUCAUUCACAGCAGCCAGCCGAGGCUGCCCAGCCGCCAGCUGUGCCCGUCAUUUACAGCAGCAAGCCGAGGCCGCCCAGCCGCCAGCUGUGCCCGUCAAUUACAGCAGCCAGCCGAGGCCGCCCAGCCGCCAGCUGUGCCCGUCAUUCACAGCAGCCAGCCAAGGCCACCCAGCCGCCAGCUGUGCCCGUCAUUCACAGCAGCCAGCCGAGGCCGCCCAGCCGCCAGCUGUGCCCGUCAUUCACAGCAGCCAGCCGAGGCCGCCCAGCCGCCAGCUGAGGCUGCCCAGCCGCCAGCUGUGCCCGUCAUUCACAGCAGCCAGCCGAGGCCGCCCAGCCGCCAGCUGUGCCCGUCAUUCACAGCAGCCAGCUGAGGCCGCCCAGCCGCCAGCUGUGCCCGUCAUUCACAGCAGCCAGCCGAGGCCGCCCAGCCGCCAGCUGUGCCCGUCAUUCACAGCAGCCAGCCGAGGCCGCCCAGCCGCCAGCUGUGCCCGUCAUUUACAGCAGCCAGCAGAGGCCGCCCAGCCGCCAGCUGUGCCCGUCAUUCACAGCAGCCAGCCGAGGCCGCCCAGCCGCCAGCUGUGCCCGUCAUUCACAGCAGCCAGCCGAGGCUGCCCAGCCGCCAGCUGUGCCCGUCAUUUACAGCAGCAAGCCGAGGCCGCCCAGCCGCCAGCUGUGCCCGUCAAUUACAGCAGCCAGCCGAGGCCGCCCAGCCGCCAGCUGUGCCCGUCAUUCACAGCAGCCAGCCGAGGCCACCCAGCCGCCAGCUGUGCCCGUCAUUCUCAGCAGCCAGCCGAGGCCACCCAGCCGCCAGCUGAGGCCGCCCAGCCGCCAGCUGUGCCCGUCAUUCACAGCAGCCAGCCGAGGCCGCCAAGCCGCCAGCAGCCAGCCGAGGCCGCCCAGCCGCCAGCUGUGCCCGUCAUUCACAGCAGCCAGCCGAGGCCGCCCAGCCGCCAGCUGAGGCUGCCCAGCCGCCAGCUGUGCCCGUCAUUCACAGCAGCCAGCCGAGGCCGCCCAGCCGCCAGCUGUGCCCGUCAUUCACAGCAGCCAGCCGAGGCCACCCAGCCGCCAGCUGAGGCCGCCCAGCCGCCAGCUGUGCCCGUCAUUCACAGCAGCCAGCCGAGGCCGCCCAGCCGCCAGCUGAGGCUGCCCAGCCGCCAGCUGUGCCCGUCAUUCACAGCAGCCAGCCGAGGCCGCCCAGCCGCCAGCUUUGCCCGUCAUUCACAGCAGCCAGGCGAGGCCGCCCAGCCGCCAGCUGUGCCCGUCAUUCACAGCAGCCAGCUGAGGCCGCCCAGCCGCCAGCUGUGCCCGUCAUUCACAGCAGCCAGCCGAGGCCGCCCAGCCGCCAGCUGUGCCCGUCAUUCACAGCAGCCAGCCGAGGCCACCCAGCCGCCACCUGAGGCCGCCCAGCCGCCAGCUGAGGCCGCCCAGCCGCCAGCUGUGCCCGUCAUUCACAGCAGCGAGCCGAGGCCGCCCAGCCGCCAGCUGUGCCCGUCAUUCACAGCAGCCAGCCGAGGCCACCCAGCCCAGCCAGCCGAGGCCACCCAGCCGCCAGCUGAGGCCGCCCAGCCGCCAGCUGUGCCCGUCAUUCACAGCAGCCAGCCGAGGCCGCCCAGCCGCCAGCUGUGCCCGUCAUUCACAGCAGCCAGCCGAGGCUGCCCAGCCGCCAGCUGUGCCCAUCAUUUACAGCAGCCAGCCGAGGCCGCCCAGCCGUCAGCUGUGCCCGUCAUUUACAGCAGCCAGCCGAGGCCGCCCAGCCGCCAGCUGUGCCCUUCAUUCACAGCAGCCAGCCGAGGCCGCCCAGCCGCCAGCUGUGCCCGUCAUUCACAGCAGCCAGCCGAGGCCACCCAGCCGCCAGCUGAGGCCGCCCAGCCGCCUGCUGUGCCCGUCAUUCACAGCAGCCAGCCGAGGCCACCCAGCCGCCACCUGAGGCCGCCCAGCUGCCAGCUGAGGCCGCCCAGCCGCCAGCUGUGCCCGUCAUUCACACAGCCAGCUGAGGCCGCCCAGCCGCCAGCUUUGCCCGUCAUUCACAGCAGCCAGCCGAGGCCGCCCAGCCGCCAGCUGAGGCCGCCCAGCCGCCAGCUGUGCCCGUCAUUCACAGCAGCCAGCCGAGGCCGCCCAGCCGCCAGCUGUGCCCAUCAUUCACAGCAGCCAGCCGAGGCCACCCAGCCGCCAGCUGUGCCCGUCAUUCACAGCAGCCAGCCGAGGCCACCCAGCUGCCAGCUGAGGCCGCCCAGCCGCCAGCUGUGCCCGUCAAUCACAGCAGCCAGCCGAGGCCGCCCAGCCGCCAGCUUUGCCCGUCAUUCACAGCAGCCAGCCGAGGCCACCCAGCCGCCAGCUGAGGCCACCCAGGCGCCAGCUGUGCCCGUCAUUCACAGCAGCCAGCCGAGGCCGCCCAGCCGCCAGCUGUGCCCGUCAUUCACAGCAGCCAGCCGAGGCCACCCAGCCCAGCCAGCCGAGGCCGCCCAGCCGCCAGCUUUGCCCGUCAUUCACAGCAGCCAGCCGAGGCCACCCAGCCGCCAGCUGAGGCCGCCCAGCCACCAGCUGUGCCCGUCAUUCACAGCAGCCGGCCGAGGCCGCCCAGCUGCCAGGUGUGCCCGUCAUUCACAGCAGCCAGCCGAGGCUGCCCAGCCGCCAGCUGUGCCCAUCAUUUACAGCAGCCAGCCGAGGCCGCCCAGCCGCCAGCUGUGCCCGUCAUUUACAGCAGCCAGCCGAGGCCGCCCAGCCGUCAGCUGUGCCCUUCAUUCACAGCAGCCAGCCGAGGCCGCCCAGCCGCCAGCUGUGCCCGUCAUUCACAGCAGCCAGCCGAGGCCACCCAGCCGCCAGCUGAGGCCGCCCAGCCGCCAGCUGUGCCCGUCAUUCACAGCAGCCAGCCGAGGCCGCCCAGCCGCCAGCUGUGCCCGUCAUUCACAGCAGCCAGCCGAGGCCACCCAGCCGCCAGCUGAGGCCGCCCAGCCGCCAGCUGUGCCCGUCAUUCACAGCAGCCUGCCGAGGCCGCCCAGCCGCCAGCUUUGCCCGUCAUUCACAGCAGCCAGCUGA